ACGUUAAUCAAUGCAAAACGGGAUUUUCAUUUCUUUCUAUUUUAAAGACCUGAUUGAUCUUAGGAAACAAUCCCUUGUCCCUCAACUCUUUGCCAGUAGGACAAACAAUCUCCUCCCAUCCUGUGGAUUAAAUCAAAGCCUACAUUGUCUCACCUAAUGUAAUGUUUAAGCCUUCAAAGGUGCUGAAUGCAAACCUGAAGUAUAAACAGCUGUAGACUGGACCCUUGCCUCCUGUGAAGCAGGAUCGGGCCUCUUGCAGUGAUUUUGACUGUACUAACAGCACGCCUACAAUCCCUCCCACUCUGGAGUGAUACUGAACUCAAACCGAGCCUAAAUAAAGUGAGCUGACACAUGCAAUGGAAAAGCGCCAUUAGUUACCAAAACUGAGAAGGUCAUGGAUAACUUACGUCCAAGAACUGAAGCACCAGCAUUGGAGCCCAGCGCCAAGCUGUUUUGCUGUGGUUUUAUGAGGCGGUGCAUACCUCUGGUCUAUAGAGAAGAACUGUACCACAUCUUGCGCAUGACUGGACCCCUGCUUGUAUGUCGGUUCUUGAAUUUCCUCCUUUUCUUCGUGGUGACAAUGUUUUGUGGACGCCUGGGGAACACUGUGCUAGCGGGCUAUGCCAUGGCUUCGGCUACGAUCAAUGUAACAGCUGCAGCAACGGGGUUAGGACUAGUUUUGGCCUGCGACACAUUGGUAUCACAGACGUUUGGAAGUAAGAAUCUUCUCCGUGUAGGUGUCAUCCUACAAAGAGGCAUCUUGAUUCUGACGCUCUUCAGUUUGCCCUGCUGGGCUUUGUUGGUGAACACACAGCCCCUCCUCCUCCUGUUGGGGCAAGACCCCGAGGUGGCCAGGAUAGCUCAGAUUUAUGUGGUUAUGUUUCUGCCAGCAAUUCCGGCCAUGUUUCUAUAUCAUCUGCAGCUGUCAUAUCUUCAGAACCAGGGUGUCAUCAAGCCUCAGAUGUUUGCAGCUGUAGUAAUCAAUAUUGUAAAUGCGUUAGUAAAUUACAUCUUGCUGUACUGGUGGGAUUUUGGAGUUUAUGGGUCUGCUGCAGCAAACACCUUCGCUCAGGUUUUCAGCUGCUUUUGUUUGUUUUGUUUCAUUCGCUGUCAGAAGCUACAUGAGAAAACAUGGGGAGGAUGGUCAUCUGAAGCCCUGCAGGAUUGGGGGUCUUACAUGAAGCUGGCCAUACCCAGCACGCUCAUGACCUGUUUUGAAUGGUGGAUCUAUGAGGUUGGAGGUUUUUUAGCAGGAAUGCUAAGUGAAGAGGACCUGGGUGCUCAGCAUGUGGUUAUAAUGCUGGCGUACAUCAACUACAUGAUCCCAUUAGGAAUGCAGGGUGCAGCGUGUAUUCGUGUGGGAAAUGCACUCGGUGCUGGGGAAACAGCUGCAGCUAUCCUCACCAGCAAAGUGUCUUUAAUCUGUGCAGCUGUACUGGCAAUCUUUCAAGGUCUUAUUUUGGCCUCAACAAAAACAGUGAUUGGUUAUAUGUUCACAUCAGAUGAGACCAUAGUGGAACUAGUGUCUGAGCUACUGAACAUCUACUGCCCUCUUCAGUUCUUUAAUGGACUGUUGUGUGUUGCCAUGGGCAUUCUCAUUGGCACAGGACAGCAGAAAAUAGCUGCUAUUGCUAACCUAUUUGGUUACUAUUGCAUUGGACUCCCAUCAAGCUUUGUUCUGAUGUUCACCGCAAACUUAAAAGUUGCUGGCUUUUGGUUGGGUCUCUUCAUUGCUGUGUUUUUGCUAGCAAUUGUUUUCAUAGUGGCCAUCUUCAAAUUAGACUGGAAGAAAAUGACAGAUGAGGCAGUUAAGCGAACUGGAAAUAGUGCAAAUGGAGUAUUACCUCCCAACCCUGAGUUUGGCUUGAACCACCGCAACAGCUUCUACCAGGCGGUCCUGAAUGCAGAGAACGGGAAUGGAUAUGUGGUGGUGAGCUCUCAAGAUCGAGAUGAGGAACCCACCAGUACUGUGGUACAGGACGAGUCAAGAGAAAGUAAAGAGGAAGAGAAGCCCACAGAUCUGCUCUCAACGUCUCAGAUCAUCUUAAGAAGGGGUCUGACCACCCUGGCUGCACUUCUUAUUCUGGCUGUAGGGGUUGUUGUUCAUCUCAAAGUGCCUCUUCCAGAAGUGUCUCAUUGGGCAAACUUUACUCUGGACUCAAACCUAACUACAGCCACCACACCCAUCUAUUCUACCAAUAUAAUUUGAAACCAGGACCUCGCUGUGAAUGUUUUAUAUCUCAGCAUUUUGUGAAGCAUUUUAUUAUUGAAAUAAUGGUUACAUUUUACUUUGAUGGUCUACUUUAGACAUGUAGGUGCAACAAAAGUAAUGCUGCACCUACAUGUCAACAAACUUUCAUUAGGGUAUUAGUGGAGUAUUAGUAAACUGUUAGGGUUAGUAGAAUAAGUUGACAUACUUGCAAAGUUACUAUAGUCAGACAGGGACCAUCACGAUAAAGUGAUACUAAAAUAUAUAUUAAAAUAUAUUUUGGUGUCAUUGGAAAACAUACCAUUAUCAGAAAAAAGCAAGAAUGAAGCAAGUAACCCUUAUAAACCCAGUGUCACUUGAAUGAAAACAAGCCACACUAAAAUGUAUGUAUGAGAUUGUAUAAAUUCAUUCAAAUUAUAGCCACCUUAUAAUUUAGUUACAAAGUGCCAUGAGAUUAUGUUGGGUAUGGCAGGUAUAUUUUUUGCACGUAUUAACAGGACCAAGCGUUACAUUUAUUUUCUUUAAAAGAAGAAACGGACCAGCUUUGCAGACAGUUUGUCAGCUCACCAGUGACACAGGCCGUUAAUCCUCUUGAGUUGGCCUUUUUUUGUCAUGCAGCUGCUGGAGAAAACUGCCAAAAAUGAGACAUUUUACAAAUACUGCUGUCAUACUGAAAGACAUCCAGAAGUGUCAUAGCCAUUCAAACUGACACAGAGCCACUCAUAUUUCUGAGCCAAGUGGAUUUUGGAAAAAAUAUAUAUACUUAAUAAAGUUUUUUUGCACAAUU